AUGGAAUUCAAUCAGCCAGACUUCGCAGGUGAGGCAAGUCGUUCCACUGGGCACCCUGGUCGAGGUGAUGGCGAAGGUGUCGAAGAAAUAGAUGCUGGACCCAGUAGUCCCAGUCACGCCGAUCGUAUGAGCGGAAAUAACGUUGGCCGAGAUAAUGAAAUGGACACACGUGCGACUCGCAGUGAGUCUGCAGCCACCAGAGUAGAUGAUGAUGACCACCACCACCAGAGGACAAACUCGGCCCUUUCAAAGAACCUCGACCAUGCGCCAACAGCUCGAGAUUGGGGCAACUCAGCAGACCACACACCAGCCAAAAGCCCUCCACACCGGAAGAUUUAUGUACAUGGUCGUCACACCAAAGGCUUGACCAAGCAUUUUACGGCUGGAAGCGCUUUCAACCAUGUCCCCUUCCUCAAUCGCCACAGUCACAGCAAGGAGAAGGAAGCGGAGGACCCGGAGGCUCAGGCCGGAGUUGUACCUCAGAAGAAUGUUAGCGUCUGGCACAACUUUUGGAUCAUGCUCACGACAUUUCCUUACUGGAACAUGGCUUUCUGGUCAGGCUGGUGCUAUAGUAUUGGAUCCGCCCUUUUCAUUGUUUCGAGCUGUGUCUCUUGGGUGCCAUUGGCAUACCCAGAUGUCAAACUAUCAGACAGUCUCGAAACGUACGGCCCGUCACUGACGUUCUUCUUCGGUGCGUGCCUGUACCAGAUCGGCGGUGUGAUGGCCUACCUCGAAGCCGUCAACGACGGAUGUUUUGCCGGCGCCGCCAUGAAAAGGCUACUGGAAGGGCACCAAGACAUCGAGAAAGAACUUCUCGAUGCAAAGCUGCAUACCUUUUUCGGCCAUCUGGUUCCCCAUCACCACCAUGAAGACGAUGUUGAACACACUCGUAAUGGAGAGUCUGUUGACGCGGGCCACAGCAACUGGGACUCGAUCACAAAGAGUAACAGUCAACCAGAAGAUGUGUACAACGAAGCCAAGGAACGCGUGGAGAGACGUCAAGGUGUCGAUCAUGGCUCAGCAUCAGCUCAACAGCAGCAAGGCGAAGUGAGGGAGUAUCUGGUUUGGCGCUGGUGGCCGACCUGGCAUUCUCUGUUUCAUUAUCACAUCUUCGAACUGGGGUAUGUGGCUUGCACCAUUCAGCUCUUCGGCGUCACGCUGUAUGGUGUUACAUCGAUUGUCAUUCUCCCGGGAAUUUACGACAGCCUGGCGCAGUGGCAGCUCGUUGCGGCGUAUUGGGUUCCCCAGACAGUCGCUUCAUGCUGCUUCAUCAUCGCCAGCAUCAUGUUCACCAUCAUGGCGCAAGACAGGUGGAACCAGCCAAAGUGGCGUGCAGUCAGUUGGUGGAUCGGAAUUCAUGCCUUUACCGGCUCUUGUGGCUUCUUGCUUAUUGCAAUCUUUGGCUUCUAUGGCCAUGAUCAUCACUGGGCCGAGUACCAGAGUUCGCUAUCAAGCAUUUGGGGAUCAACUUUCUAUAUGCUGAGUGGACUAUGUCAGUGGUACGAGGCCAUCAACGACAAUUCUGGGCCAGUUCUGGCGUUUCCGAACCAGAGAACUCCGGUUCUUUUGCGGCAAGGUCGUAAGAAAGCUGAAGUGAGCUGA